UCGGUCGUGCUCGACUUCCUCCAUCUCUCUGCAGCAUCAUCUUCCGGCAUAUCACGCCGCUAUAUUCAGUUUUUUAUCAGCUACAUCAUUUCCAGCAUUUUCUCCACUGCACAUUGCCGUUUGCCAGUUCAUCACUGAGGAUGAAAGGAGCGAAAUUAGCGGUGGUUUUGAGCCUGUUUUUGGCGCUCGUCCUCCUGACUGGGGCAGCGCGAAGCAGGAAAGACUCGAGCACCCAGAACAGCUUCAGGAGGGCGGCCAGCGGCUUCUACCAGACCCUCAGCAAUGUCUUCGGGGAGGAGAACAUCAGGGCCGUUUACAAGUUCUUCUCAAAAACGACUGAGAGGUUUGUUCAUGGAGUCGAUUCAUUAUUGGACACUUUGUGGAAACUGUGGGUGGACCUGCUGGACGUUAUGGGCAUUGACUCCUCUAACCUCACGCACUACUUCAGCCCGUCAUCCGUGUCCAGCUCUCCCGCUCGGGCUCUUCUUCUGGUGGCAGCCCUGCUGGUGGCCUAUUGGUUCCUCUCCUUGUUCCUGAGUGGCUUCUUUUACAUCCUCCAUGCAGUGUUUGGCCGAUUCUUCUGGCUGGCCCGCGUCACCCUUUUCGCCCUCUCCUGCCUGUACAUUCUGCAGAAAUUCGAAGGCGAUCCGGAAAAGGCAGUGCUGCCGCUGUGCUUCAUCAUGGCCGUGUACUUCAUGACGGGGCCAGUCGGAGCGUACUGGAGGAAAGGAGGAGGAUCUGGAACUCUGGAGGAGAAGAUCGACCAGCUCGACACCCAGAUCCGCCUCCUCAACAUCCGCCUGAGCAGAGUGAUUGAAACCCUAGAGCGCUCCAGCGACCAAUGAAGAGAUCUUCACCAGAGGCUCAGAGCUGGGGUUUGUGGCUUGAGUUGAGAAGAAACAAACAAAGAAAUGUUGUUUUUGUAAAUUUUAUUUCUCCUAAAUUUUUCUCAGGAUGUCUCUAACAAGAAUUGUACGUGACCUGUGUGGAAAUUUGAUUCAUUCUCCAUUAGAAGAUUGAUUUUAUUCGCCCUGUUGUCGUAGAAUGUAUUACUAGUGUCCACUUCUACUGUAGCCGCCCAUUUCUUUUUAUUUUUGAGUAAAUAUCAGGACUUUUUUUGUAUACGUGAGAUUUGAGUUGAGUGUGGACGUCCAUUUCUCAGUGUUAUGCUCUUUUCCAUAAGCUUUAUAUGAAGAGUUUUUUAAAAAACUGUGUGUUAUUUAUCAGUCGUAAAGGUAAUGCUAUUGAGAGUUAAUCCAGAAACACUCAAAGUGUGAAGAAUAGUCAGUAUCACUGCUUGUUUUUUUUCUCUCUCUCUCCCUUGUCUCUUCUUGAGGUCACCAGAGUUCAGGAAUGAUCGGCACUAUCAGGGAUGGAGAUGUAUGUGGAAAUCGCUUUCAGAAAGCAGCUAGUCAUCAGAAUUGAGUGUUCCUGGCAGCAAAAUAACAGUGCUGCAAUGUACACCGGUGUCUCUGUCCAGCUUCAACUGAGAGAGAGAGAUUCUUGUGUGCUUCAGAUAAGUACCUACUGGGUAAAACCUGGUCAUGCACUUUGUUCUCAGCUUGAGAUCAUUGUAUGUACCAUUAUAGAGAGGGAUUGUUUGAAUAGCGCUAAUCCCACUACCUGUUAGUGCUGCUUGAUAAACUCAUUUUUGUUUAAAGAAAAUGGCGUUUUUUCUGCUUUAAAUGCCUGCUAACUGUAUAACCUGUGUCCCCUCUUAUCUGCUGAUUUUUUUUUUCACUUUCCCUACUUUCUGCACUUUUAAUUUGCUUUAACAGUUAAAGGGAUAGUUCACGCACAAAUUAAAUCUGUCGUCAUUUGCUUCCCAUCCAUUCGUUCAAAACCUAUUUGAGUUUCUUUUCUUUGUUAAACACAGAAGAAGAUAUUUUGAACAAUGCUGGUUGAUGGCAGGGUGGCGCAGUUGGUAGCGCUGUUGCCUUACAUCAAGAAGGUCUCUGGUUCAAGCCUUGGCUGGGUCAGUUGGCAUUUCUGUGUGGAGUUUGCAUGUUCUCGUGGGUUUUCUCCGGGUGCUCCGGUUUUCCCUACAAGUCCAAAGACAUGCGCUAUAGGUGAAUUGGGUAAGCUAAAUUGUCCGUACUGUAUGUGUGUGAAUAGUUUAUGGGUGUUUCCCAGUGAUGGGUUGCAGCUGGAAGGGCAUCCUCUGCGUUAAAUAUGCUGGAACAGUUGGCGAUUCAUUCCGCUGUGGCGACCAGAUUAAUAAAAGGACUAAGCCAAAAAGAAAAUGAUUGAAUGAAUAGUUGAUGGCACCCAUUGACCUCCAUGGUACAUUUCUGUUCCCCUGCUAUGGAAGUCAAUGGGUGCCAGCAGCCAGCAUUCUUCAAAAUAUCUUCUUUUGAGUUCAACUGAUAAAAGCGACUCAAAUAAAUUUUAAAAACUUUAAUAGAAGAAGGAAACUCAUGGUUUAAAACCAUUAUAAGGGAGAGAAAAUGAUUAGGCAGUCUUCAUUUUUGGUUGAGCUAUCUUGUUAAUCCAAUUAGUUUUUUUGUAUUAUUGAGUAAUCUUUGUAGCUAAAACUAAUUAGCAUGUUUUUUAAAGAUACUUAUGUGUGCUUCAUAAAAAAACAGAUUGCUGCAAUAUUAGAUUUUUUUUUAAAGAAUUUUUUUACAUUUUGAGAGAAAUAUGAAUAGCCAGCGUUCAAGUUUAUUGUCAUUCCAUAAUAUGCCAGAGAUUAUAGGUCUCAGACUCAAUUCCUGGAGGGCCGCAGCUCUGCACAGUAUUGCUCCAACCCUAUUCAAGUACAGCUGAUCCAACUAAUCAAGGUGUCCAAGAGUAGUGAUUUCUGUGUGGUGUUUGCAUGUUCUCCCUGUGUUCGUGUGGGUUUCCUCUGCGUGCUCCGGUUUCCCCGCAAGCCCAUACACAAGUGGUAUAGGUCAGUGUUUCCCAACCCUGUCCCUGGAGGCACACCAACAGUUCAUGUUUUGGAUGUCUCCCUCAUCUGACCCAUUAACUUCAGGUUUUGAGUCUCUUCUAAUGCAGUUUCCCAACCCUGUUCCUAAAGGCACGCCAACAGUACACAUUUCCAUCCUCUCCCUAAUCAAACACACCUAAAACAACUCAUCAGAACAUCAGAAGAGACUCCAAAACCUGAAGUUAAUGGGUCAGAUGAGGGAGACAUCCAAAACAUGAACUGUUGGUGUGCCUCCAGGAACAGGGUUGGGAAACACUGGUACAGGUGAACUGAAUAAACUAAACUGUCCGUAGUGUAUGUCUGUGAAUGAGAGUGUAUGGAUGAUUCCCAGUGAUGGGUUGCAGCUGGAAGGGUGUCCGCUGCGUAAAACAUAUGCUGGAUAAGUUGGCGGUUCAUUCCGCUGUGGCGACCCCAGAUUAAUAAAGAAACUAAGCCGAGAAGAAAAUGAAAUAACAUAUUUAAAAUAUUACAGUUUUUACUGUAUUAGAUCAAAUAAAUGUACCUAAAAUCUUUUAAAAGAAUCAGAUCGACCCCAAACAUUUAAACAGUACUGUAUUUUUUAUUACAUUUUUUACAGGGAACAAUUUAUGUUUUGUUUUGUUUAGCAUCAUAUUUUAAAGAUGGUUUUCUAAUCCAUUUGUAUGAAUAAUAAUAAUUAUUAUUAUUAUUAUAAUAGUAAUUAAUUCCUGCCACUGUCAUUUUUAUAUUAUACUCAGUCAUUUUUAUAUUAUGUUUGUCUCCUGUUUAUUAAAAGAACAUUUGAUAAAGUGAAAGUGAGGGUUUUGUGGCUAGUAGUUCCCGUUUCAGCAAUGACUACUUCUAUACGCUUUGUAAACAUUGACAAAAUUCACUUUUAAUAGAAAUGUGUGCAGAUUUACAGUCUAUUUCAUGGGCCAAAAAUAUCAAACAGUCCCUCAACCUGCCUGUACUGUAACUCAAGUCACCUGAAAAGCUUUGUCAUGCACUAAUAUCAAGAAGCCCCCCUUUUUAUUGUAUGAAUGAGUGAAAGACAUUACCUGGUCAAUAAAUCAUGCAAUUUAAGCACCAGCUUUUUUUUUCUCAUGCAUUUGCAAAGUACCAGCAUAUUGUACACUGGAGACAACUAAGAAGAAGCGCACAUGUUUUAGAAUUGCCAUGUGUGCUUUCUUAUCUGUAAUGAAUGAGAAGCUGCAGUACGGUGGAAAAUAUGAGUGUGUUAUUUGUUAGCUGUGAUAUCUACAGUACAAGUGAAUGUGGGUUUGCUUAAGAAAUGUUAACCGUGUUUUCAUAUUCAUAAUUCAUACUCUUAGAGCCAUAUCAGGUUCUACAUUUAUUUGUGAAAUGGCAUGUAUUGGUUUGUUAAUAUAUCCAAUGUUACUUUAAGCAUAAGGGAGGUGUACUAACUCAGUAAAUGCUCAGCUCUCUCUCAUUGAACUCAUGUUGACUGCGCCAGUGCCAAUUAUUGUGUGUCGAGGAUUAUGUCUAUGAAUGAUUUGUAUUAGGAAGCACUGAAUCUUUGUGAAGUCUAGAACUGGUGUUUUUAUUUGCGUAGUAAAUGCCUAGAUUUCGAUAUCAGGUUUACUUUUGUACUGUAUGAUUUUCGUCAGGAUCGUUCAUCUUGCUGUGUUGCUUGCUGUGGUAUUGUUUGCUCUGUCUGUAUCAUUUUAUUGUGUUUAUCAUACUUGUUCAAUAAUUUUCUCGGAAGAUGAAAAUGGUGGUCCAAAAAGGAUUUAAUAAACGUAAUAUACAAUUUGA